AUUCUCUGAAGCAAAAGCCCCACUAAUAUUUAAUGUCUCCAACGCUUGCAUAUGUGUCUUGAGGAAUUAAAGUUUCAUCUCGACUCAUACGCAUACCUUUGAUUCCGCCUGAAGUUUCUUCGUUUCUUUGGGGCUUUAUAUUCUUUCCACAAUGGCUCUGGGCGAUAACGAAAACCAUCAAUCUCCAGAGAGGGUCAUCGAAAUCAAGAAUUGCCUCGACGGAGGGCUCGCUCCUGAUGCGAAGAGUCCAUGGACCAUCGGUAAAGUCCCUGGGAAGUGGAGUCGUGUUCACGAUUCCGCAUUCCAUGGAGAAAUGGUAGAUAUCGGUCCCUUCGACAUAUAUUAUUAUCGAGAGAGAUCCCAUAUCCAUCGACCCAGCUUCCAUAGCGAUCUCCCAGUCGGUAGAGAUCUCAAGAUGCGGUUUCUAUUACGCCUUCUGGGAGGCAAGUUGGAGCGUAGGGGAAGGGACGGAGAUGUGUCGAGGACAACCGAGGGGCAGAGAGCGUCCGAUGGCUGCGAACGUGAUGAACACGAUGAUGGCGGUCGGAUGGCCAUGCUUUUGGAUCACCUUGCGGAAGCCAUGCAGAUAUUGGAGCAAAAAACGAGGGCCUGCUACUCCGAGAGUUUUGAUGUCCUAAGCAGCGAGGAAUUCGCGGAGAUGAUGGUGGUCGAUGGUUGCUUCGUGGUUGAACUAUUGCGCCUUUACCACCAGCGUUUCAACCCCCAGUCACCUGGGGUGGCAACUGAGUACGAUCCGAUUUUCACCAACCCCUGGACUCUAACAGCCCUUCGACGCGACCUCCUACUGCUUGAGAACCAACUCCCUUUCUUCGUUCUUGAGAAACUGUACGAGCUAAUCAACAAGAAGAACGAGAUUGAUCAUCAACACGCUGUGCCGCUGGAAGUACUCGCAGUCACCUUCUUCGACCCGCUGUUACCCCAGCACAAUGCUGCAUCUAAGUUGGACACCAACAAACCCAAGGCUCAUCUGCUCGAUGUUUUCCGCUCUACCUUCCUCAAAUCGGUGAGUGAGAAAGUCCUCAAGAAGGGAAAGAGUGAAGUCGAGUCGCGGUUGAAUCCCAAUGGCAGUAUGAGGGGCCUUGUCCGACACUUCGCAUCGGAGCUCCAAGAGGCGGGCAUGCAAUUCAAGAAGCGGAAGGGUCACGACUUACUGGACAUUGAGUUCGAUCACAACACCCUACGGGUCCCUCAGUUGUCCAUCGACGACAAUACCAUCUCUCUCCUUUUGAAUUUCGUUGCGUACGAAAUGAGCGUCCAACACCCCGAGCCCUUCUUCACGAAUUAUCUAAUGUUCUGGGACAGUUUGAUCAAUAGCCCCAGGGACAUUCAGAUCUUCCGCAAGCACGGGAUCAUCAAUCACCUGGGAAGCGAAAACGAGGUGGCGGAACUGUUUGUGAAGUGUAGAGAGCUCAUUUACGAUCUCGAUAUGGGCUACUUGUACAACGAAAUCAAGGAGGUGAAUGAGUAUUGCGAGCAGUACUACAAAAGCAAGUACAGCGUCUGGUGGAGAAGCCUCAUCCGCGAACGUUUCAGUAGUCCGUGGACAUGCCUCUCUCUCUUUGCUGCCAUUAUCCUCUUGCUGCUUACCCUCCUCCAGACGUUUUACACGGUGUACGCUUACUAUCGGCCGCAUUAAGCUUUGUGCCUGUCAUUCUAUGACAGCAGGUGUUAUUAGCUAAUGGCUUUCUUUUUGCAUUUGAUGUCCAGUAUUUGUCUCCGUCUUGGUUGCGUAGUGGCUUUACUUGAUGGAAAUUGUAUUGUUGCUAAAUUUUAAAAUUUCAGAUUGUUGUGGUGU